AUGGUGCAGAUGUCGACGUCGUCACGGAAGGCGCUCGUCUUCGUCGUAACGUUUGUCAGUUACGGCCUAUACCACGCGAGCAGAAAAUCAUUAUCCGGAGUGAAAUCGUCGAUAAAAUCAGAUUGGUUGAGUAACACCUCUGGACACGAACCAUUAUUCGCAAAUGAAGCAGACGCCAAGCACUUUUUGGGGUCAUUGGAUGCCAUUUUCAUGGCUGCAUAUGCUGCGGCUCUCUUCUUUUGGGGAUGGUUGGGUGAUCGUCUCAACCCGAAAUACGUUGUAGCUGCUGGAAUGAUUGGAUCUGCUGUCACGCUCACUCUAUUCGGAACAAUUCCAAAAUGGCUCAAUUUCUAUCAUGCCCCUUAUUAUGUCAUCACUUACAUCGCGUUCGGUCUUGUUCAAGCCUGUGGAUGGCCCAGUGAAAUCGCGAUCAUGGCCAACUGGUUCGGAAAAGGAAAUCGUGGAUUCGUGAUGGGUGUAUGGGCGGCAUGUCAACCAGUUGGAAAUAUAUUCGGAUCGAUUUUUACUGCAAUGGUUCUUCCAUUGGGUUAUGAAUAUACUUUCUUGCUCAAUUCAGUGCUCAUUGCUGUUGGUGCAAUCGUUGUAGUGACAGCUAUUGAUUCAUCACCAAACGAAGAACAGGAGGCUGGAGUUGAGGCUAAUAGAAUCCGACUACUCCGCCGGUCUAACAGCAACGAACCGCAUCACAACUUCCACGGCGAACCCAUUUCCCUAUUCAAAGCAAUUCUUCUUCCCGGAGUUCUCGCCUAUUGUAUCUGUAACGCAUGUCUGAAACUUGUGAAUUACGCCUUCUUCUUCUGGCUUCCAUUGUAUUUGACUGAUGCAUAUCACUGGGAAGAAUCACAAGCAGAUCAAUUGAGUAUUUGGUACGAUUUCGGUGGAAUUAUUGGAAGUGUUUUGGGUGGAUAUAUUACGGACAAAAUGGGCAAACGAUCCCCUCUUAUCGUUGCGAUGCUCAUAUGUUCCAUCGGAUCUCUCUACUUCUACGCUCACGUCGGUCCAUACAUGUUCUGGAAUGCUCUCGUAAUGACAACUGUCGGUGUGACUGUAUCUGGACCAUACAAUUUGAUCGUUGGCUCAAUUUCGAUUGAUCUCGGAUCACAACCGGCACUCGCUGGAAACACACAGGCAAUGUCUACAGUAUCCGGAUUGUUGGAUGGUACUGGAUCAGCUGGAUCGGCUAUUGGACAACUAUUCAUUCCGAUUAUUCAAGAUGAUUUGGGAUGGAAGGCUGUUUUCUAUGUAUUUAUGCUAUUGAAUGGAUUUGCCAUCCUCGCUAUCCUCAAACGUUGCAUCAUCGACAUGAAAUCUCUCCGGAAAUUGCGAAGCGGAGAAGAAUCGCCUCUUCUCAAUGAUGGAGAAGGCGGUGAACACGAAGACUAA